UGGGGGGUGGCAGUGAAUGCCCGGGACGAGAUAGCUGUAACUGAUCAUGCGAACCAGAGAGUUCAAAUAUUCAGUAGUGAUGGAAAUUACUUAAGAUCCUUUGGUCGGCCAGGUAACAAAAACGGGGAAUUUAAUUUUCCAACGGGAAUAGCAUGUCACAAAAAUGGAAAUAUUUUCGUGGUUAACAAUGGUAAUUCUAGGAUCCAGAUUUUCAGUGAGGAGGGUAAGUACGUAAGUUCGUUUGGCGGGGAAGGAGGCCUUGAUAGUCAGUUCUUUAAUCCUCGUUAUUUAUCUGUAGACAGUGAUGGAAAUGUUAUUGUUGCACUUAAUGGUGUAGGUAACAAACUGAUUAAGAUCUUUUCUCCAGAUGGCAAGUUUCUAAUGAAGAUAGGUGAACAGGGUUCUUUUACUUUCAAUCCUAUUCACUGUGUUCAGUGUGAUAGAUAUCUCAUAGUGUCAGACAUCAAAGAACAUUGUCUGAAAGUUUACGACAGGAAUGGGAACUUUCAGUACAAGUUUGGAAAGCGUGGUGGAGGGGACGGGGAGUUUAAUUAUCCAGGUUGUUUGUCAGUGAACAAGUCAGGACACCUGAUGGUCUGUGAUUCAGGUAAUCAUAGAAUACAAGUUUUUGAACUAAAUGGAAAGUUUGUUGGCAAGUUUGGAACAAAGGGCAGUAAUUUAGGAGAGUUCCAGAAUCCAAAGUCUGUGACAGUUCUAAAUAAUGGCCGAAUUGUUGUGACUGACAUGAAUAACCAUCGUAUACAGAUUUUUGAGUGAGACGUCGCCCUCUCUAACUUAUGAAAUAAGUGUCAUUAUUUGUUCUGUUGGAGCAUUAGGUUUAAGAACACGAAAUAUUACUGUUGUUAAACUUUACAUUGAAAGUUAGGAGGAAAAUUUUAUACUUAGUUUGAGGUAAAAAUGAUAUUUGCACUCCAUUUGUAAGUUGUGAAGAUGGAUGAAAACAUUUGCGAGUUCAAAUUGAAUUUGUGACAAGUGUUCAUUAUUCCAAAAUAUUCAGUGUUCCUUGUUAUAUGAUUUUAAUUAAACUAGUAUAUUUGUUUCAGACACCAGAACUAAAUUUUCUCUUUCAAGGAUAUAAGGCAUCAUGACAUUUGUACUAAAUUUGUGCAAUGUUGAUUUUGUUGGAGUUUUCACUAGGUGAUAAUUAUUAUGACAAGCAAUCUUUGAUAAGGAUUGUGCUUGAUUAGCCGAUUAACUAAUUUACAAACUUUCUCAAUAUGCUUGUCUAGUAAGUGGAAAAACUAUGCAUGGGAAACAUUUUUGAUUUUAAUUUUUAUAUUUAAAUGUAUCUCUAGUGUAUUUUAGCUCUAGUGUAUUGUAGCUCUGGUGUAAUUUAUAUUGCCUUAUUUUUAUAUAAUAUUGUAGUUAGAUUUUUUGACUGAAAAACCCAGACUGGGAGUUGUUGUAAACGUAAGAUUGUAUAUAUAGUAAUAUCGAUACUACAGGUCUG